AUGUUUGAGGCCUGUUUGCAGAUAGACUGUGGAAAAAGCUCUCAACAUGGAGGCUCCUCUACUUCCCUUGCAUCCACCAAAGUCUGCAGCUCAAUGGACGAGAACGAUGGGCCUGGAGAAGAAGUGUCGGAGGAAGGCUUCCAGAUUCCAGCCACAAUAACAGAACGGUAUAAAGUCGGAAGGACAAUAGGAGAUGGAAAUUUUGCUGUCGUCAAGGAAUGUGUAGAAAGAUCAACCGCUAGGGAGUAUGCUCUGAAAAUUAUCAAGAAAAGCAAAUGUCGAGGCAAAGAGCACAUGAUCCAGAAUGAGGUGUCUAUUUUAAGAAGAGUGAAGCAUCCCAAUAUUGUUCUUCUGAUCGAAGAGAUGGAUGUGCCAACGGAACUGUAUCUUGUCAUGGAAUUAGUCAAGGGCGGAGACCUCUUUGAUGCUAUUACUUCAACCAACAAGUACACGGAGCGGGAUGCCAGUGGGAUGCUCUACAACCUGGCCAGUGCCAUCAAAUACCUGCAUAGCCUGAACAUCGUCCACCGGGACAUCAAGCCAGAGAACCUACUGGAUGACGGCCUCCCAGAAAAUGAACAUCAGCUGUCAGUAGCUGGAAAGAUAAAGAAGCAUUUCAACACAGGCCCCAAGCCGAAUAGCACGGCCGCUGGAGUUUCUGUCAUAGCACUGGACCACGGGUUUACCAUCAAGAGAUCAGGGUCUUUGGACUACUACCAACAACCAGGAAUGUAUUGGAUAAGGUAUGAGAUGGUGCAGCUCAACAGUCAGUGUUUCCAUGGCAACGUGCUGGCAGUCUCCAUUAACCAGUUCCUUCAGUGGAUAAACAUGCUUUUGAUUUGUUAUCCAGUCCAUAUGCUGCUUUAUCAGUUUCAUUUUAAUCUUGAUUGA